UCAAGUAAUGGGAGACUGCAACCAGUCCCUCUGAGUCCGAUGAGCACUUCUCGGACUGGGUUAUAAUUUCUGGCCGCAGCUGACGCAGUCGCAUUAUUACUCUUCAGCGCCAUCAGACGAUUAGAGCCUUACACCGUAGCCGCGCAGACCAGAGAGACGACGUGCACGGCGCGUCGCGCGCGGAGCUGCUUCUGCUACCGCUCGCGCUGCUGUCGCGCAGUUGGGAAUCCGAGCUCCCUGCCCGUCGCCGUGCGAUGACAUGCGACGCCGGCUCGCACGCGAUUCUCUGUCUCGCCGCUCGUCGUUGCGCUCGUCGCAUUCGUCGUGGCGGCGACGCUGCGCGACUGGCCGUGCGAUUCGUCCAGCAGGACCGCAUCGACGGUCGUGAGGGCUCUGGAAGAGAGCGGAACGGAGCAUGCGACGUCGCUAUAUCGGGCCUGGGCGGACGCCUACGGGCUCUCCCCCGACUCGCUGCUUCCUCCCUCCCCCCUCGCCCUUCCGCCCUCCCUCCCCCCCGCCCCUCAUCUGGAGGACUGCGCCGCGCUCACAGCCCUGCGCCAGCAGGCGGAGCAGCGGGGGGAAGGGGGGGAACUCCCCUCAUGGGCGGACCCACAGCCCGCCCAAGGGGAAGGGGGAGGGGGGGACGGGGGGGGGGACGGAGGAACAGGGGAAGGGGGAAGCGGAGGCGCGUGCUGCAGGAGGGCGUCGCCUGGGUUCACAAAUGGCGAGUUCAAGCCGUCGAUUGCCGCCACUGUUGCUGCUGCAGCUGAGGGGUCCUCCGCUGCUCCCCCUCCCCCACCUGCAUGCUGCGAGUGUGUGCCCCAGCCGCCAUGGGUGCGAGGGGCAGACAGUGACAAUCUGGCGUUGACCAGAGCGGUGCAGAGGGAUUUGUGGGAGUGGCAGUUCCCGCCUUCAUGUGCCAACAGGCGGCUGCUGGUGGUGCCAUGGCCCGAGGACCGAUCGCAUGGCAUGGGGUCGCAGGUGCACAUCAUGGCGGUGCUUCUCAGUGUGGCCCUCUCCUCCAAUCGCAUCCUCGUGCCGCUGCCUGCCUCCUAUGGCCGCGCCAACACCACCGACUGCCACGCCACGGGCCACCACAGCACCUGGGCGUGCUUCUUCUCCCCUUUCGCUUCCCCGCUCUGCUCCCAAGAGGUCUCCCUCGCGCUCUCGGCCAAUCAGCUGCUGCCAUGUGUCGUCCCGGCAGAGGGCUACAGGGCAGGAGCAGCAUUGGCGGACCGACUGGUGUGCGUCAACACGUCGUCCCUCGACGAGUUGAAGUAUGAAGCAGCUGCUGCCAGCCUGUGGGGCGAUGCGUAUUCCACGGACCCGGAUGUGGUGGAGCACCGCGGCGAGGUGCUGCUGGAGGGCACCGACGACAAGAAGCUGCACUGGUGGCGGGCGCAGGCGGUGCGCUUCAUGCUGAGGUGGCCGUCCGCCCAUCUCUGCCACGUCAUCAACCGACAGAGACACACCGCCUAUGGCAUGCACGCAGCCAACCGCAUUGCCCGGGUAACAGAGCUGCAGGUGCAGCUGCUGCACUCGCUGCCCCCCUUGACCGCAACAGACGGCUCGAGAGCUGAUAGUGGUCCUGCUGCUGCUGCUGCCAGUGCCACGGCUGCAGCUAUUGCAGCGGCAGCAGCAGCAAGGUUCACGGCUCAUGAUUUCUCCGCAGGCUCUGCUUCUGCUGCUGCUGCAGCUGCUGCCGCUUCUGCUGCCAGUGGUGCUGCAUCUGCCAGCCUGUCGUCACUACCAUCGCUGGCAUCUGAGCCGUACAUGGUGCGGCCCAUCGUGAGCAUGCACGUGCGGCAGAGCGACAAGCGGGUGGAGAUGGGCGUGUGGUCGUUCGCCGCCCACAUGCUCUUCGCCGCCCGUCUGCAGCGCACCCACGUGGACCUCAAGCACGUGUGGCUCAGCACCGAGAUGCAGUCCGUCAUCAACGAGGCUGCCACCUUCACCGACUGGACCUUCCUCUACGCCGCCAACGGCCGCCUGCCAGUCGACUCGCUGGACCCCCACGCGUACGAUGCGCUGCAGUCGCCCACCGCCAGCCUGGCGAGCCUCAUCAUCGCCUCACAGUGCGACGUGUUCAUCGGGUCGCUGGGGUCCAACUGGAGCCGACUCAUCAACGAGCUGCGCGCCACCAACGGGCGCCUGCACAACGGGUUUGUUGCCAUGAACACGGGGGAGUGGUAGCACUGCCCUCUUACCUCUUCAUCGGGUCGUUCGGGUGUAGUUGGAGUAGCGAUAAACGAGCUGAGAGGUACAAAUGCGCAGCUGCUCAACGGGUGUGUUGCCAUGAACACGGGGGAUGGUGAUGGUUGCAGCGCAGCGCGAUUGAUCACUGGUUACUGUGUUGUUGGGGCGCAACUGGGGCAGACUCAUGAACGAGCCGGGGGACACCAAUAGGCAGCUGCUCCAUGGGUUGUUGCCAUGAACGCUGGGGAAUGGUUCCAGCUGGUGUGGUAUUAUGUACUAUAUUUACGGAUCUACUAUAGAGAAUUAUAAACCUGCGGCUCUGUGCUGCGGUACUCAGCGUGUUUAGCGUUGUACAAUGGUACAAGGGUACAGUGUUACGGAACAUUGGUAGUG